AUGGCCCUUGAUCCUGGAGUGGAGGCGGAUGUCUCUGUUGUCAAGCCCGUGGAAAUCUCUAGGUUUAUUUGUCAAAUUCUAUUUGGCCCCGAAAAUUCCAACCAUCAUGCCCCAGAUUCCAACUCUAGUAGUAUACUUUCCUCAUUUGCUUCUGGAUUUCAACCUGAAGCAUUGCACAUUGUGGUAACUGGGAAAGAGUUUGUCGUGACACAAGAAUUAUCACCUGAAAUUGUCGAUUUUGACUUUUUGGUUGUUUUGCUCAAGUUAGAGGGUCAGAUCACCGCAGAUCGGCCGCUCAUCAGCCAGAUCCAUGUCUUGAACAUUCCAUACCACAACUCUGAAGCAGGAGAGCUGGUGUAUAACGACGCAUAUGAACAGAUUAGAAGCCUCAUAUCGCUUGCUGUUGCACCCUACUUUGACUUUGUCUCGGGUAGAACUAUGAGUGAAGGUUUUGUCUCCAAUUCCGUAUCCAAUACCCGCAAAAAGUUCAACGAACUAACCCUCUCAUUGAGUCACUUGCAGCAGAAAAUUCAGAUUCCCGAUUUAUUACUCCUGGUCGGUCCUGACAUCAAGGCUGUGCUAAGCAAUCCAGAUGCUGCUGAUGAACAGUCUAUAAUAGGCAAUACCACUUUACUCAACGAAUUGACCAAGCUUGUUAACACGUGGAUUCGAACAAUUCAGUCCAUUACAUCGUUGGGUAAGUUUACCUCGGAGGAUGGCUCUUUGCAUGAUGAAGUGCAGUAUUGGAAAUCCUUGGAACUGGCUUUGGUAUCUGUUGAAGAGCAGGUGAAUCAGCCUGAAGUGAAACGAGCCAUUGAAAUCCUUAACACUGCUAAGCGGUUUCAAACUACAUUGGCGUUCCAGAAUAAUCUUGGAUUGGCUGCGAAGUUGGAGGAUACUAAAGUUUAUAACAGCUUACUCAAAGACUUGCCCAUCGAAGAAUUAACAGCUUUCAAAGACUCGUCAAAGGACCUCAAGUCGUUCGAGUUUACAGUUAAUGCCAUUUUCUCGCAUCUUAAACGCUGGAAGAGUCUGAGUGCACUUUCCUUGACCAGAAUGAUAGACUUAAUAGAGAUGUUGCUCAGGGAAAUCGUGCAAUCCUUGGCUCACGUCUUAGCGUCCUUGAACUUGAUGAGUAUACCUCUUAAAAAGUUCCAGACCUUAUUUGCUGAAGAGAUCAGCCCCCUUCUCUUGAGUAUUGAAAAUAAUGUCAAGUUCAUGGUUAAUGUCAUUCGAGAACUAAUGCGCAAACGUCAAGAAAAGUUCAUGAUCAUCAAGAUCGACCAGCAAGUGCUCUCGACAUUGACUGAAAGGCUCAACCAAAUGUUGCAAUUAAGGCAGGAACACCAUUGCUUGUUGUUGGUGCUCUCGUACUUCGAGGAAAGUGAGGUGCUCUCUAACGAGCUCCAACAGUCAUAUACAAAGCGCAUCUCAUCUCUAAAUGCCUUUGAAUUCUCGAAGCUGGCUCAAUUAAUAUGGGAUUCCCACCAGAAUAUCUAUCAGGAGGAAUAUUCUUCUAUCAGAGAUUCUGUAGCACUGCUUGUGAAUAGGAAACUUGAUGAAUGUGCUACCUUUCCUGACUACAUUUGCUUAUUUCAAAAAGUCAAAGACAAUAAUGUUGAUUCCUCGCAGCUCUUCUUAUCUUUGGUUGAUGAUAAGCACAGACUUCGUAUGCUUGACGUGGUGCAUCAGGAUAUACAGAAAAUUUUCAAGCUCCUGUAUUUCUUGAAAUCAAGCGACUCUAACGAGUUAUCUGUACUAAAUUUUCUGUCAAGCUUGAAAAUGAUUGUGUGGGAUUUGUCUUUGAAAUCCAAGGUGACUUUCUAUUUAAACCACAUUUCCCUGUUUUUGGGGCAGAAUUGGAAUAAAUAUUUUACUGGCGCACAAAUUCAACAGGAGGCUGACUCAUUCUACAAGAAACUAAAUUUUGAACAUUUUAUCAAAGAAUGGAUUGAGCAUGCUGAAUCUCUUGUGCAAAAAUCAUAUCGCUCUGGAAGGAUUUUGAAAAUUACAGAUUCAGACGACACAGGCAGCCGAGCCACUUUGAAUUUCGAUUCCGACCUUUACACGUUAAUCUCAGAAACUCAGGAUCUUCUCAGUUUAAAGUUUGAUAUCCCUGUCACACUUUUGAUGAGAAUUGACGACCUUAAAUCUGCCCAACCAAUUGGCCAAUCGCUUUUAGAGCAUUUGGAAGUUCAUGAGAUACUACUAAAGAAUACAUUGGUCAAUUCUGAUCACGGACGAAAAUUUGGUUUCUUACUUGAACAACAAAAGCGUGAGAUUCUUCAUCACUUACAUGAUAUUAUGAAUAUCGAGUGGUCCACGGUUUAUCUGGAACUCAACAUGCUUAAGUCAGAAACUACUAUUGAAAACAUUGACAGCCCUCUUAAGAAAAUCCAAGUACUUGAACAAGAAAUCUACACACUUCAUACGAUGAACAAUCAAGUUCAAAAGCUUCACGCGUACUUACAGGAGGUAUGCUAUCCUCGAUUACUAGCAUGUGAGUACUCUCCAAGUGGAGUUUCGGAAGCUGUCGAAUUAAUCCAAGAAGAAUUGUUCAAAGUUGCGAAAGCAAACUAUUCAGAUAUUGAUCAUUUCAUUGAUAUUAUCAAUAGAGAUGUCCAGAAUCAUAUGAUUCAAAAGUGUAAUAAUCGAUUGGAUUUGAUAAACAAGCAAUUUAAGUUCUCCGCAAACUCUAUGGAAAAGGCGCAAUUAUUUCAAAGGUCAAUUCAUACUAUUGUGUUCGAGAACUUGAAUUUUGAAUUGUCUCCUCCAAUAGGAUACGCAAAAAUGAGAUGGGUGAGUGCAGUGAAUGACGCUAUUGCCAUUCUUGAAAGUGUAGUCCCAGUUUCUGUCUCUGGAACAGUGAAGAAAUAUCAGAAUUGGUCGUCCCUGAAAUUGAGUGUUUCAACUGUCAUGGAAGCUAUUGAAACAAACUAUUUGUCAGUGUUGAAGUAUAUCGAAAACUGGUUGUCUAUUCUGCGCUUGUUUCAUUUAGAUUGCAACCUGGCUGAAGUCUUAGGUGAGUUAAACGGACCAAACACGGCAACUGGUCUUGAGGGAUGGAUUAGUGGUAUCCUGAAAAUUGCUAGUAGAAGAUCACUUCUUGAGCAGGCUGAAGGGAACUUUAAGAUUGGAAAUGCGUUAGAAAUUUCUUUCUCUCGAAUUCAGUCUAAUGCAUUGGUGGAAUUUGAAAGGUUUCAGAGGAGGUUUGUGGAACAUUUCAAGUCCAUAGUGCAAGAAUCUACUUUAAAUAUUUUGAACGACCUCAAAGAUUGUCUGGUGCAGCUUGAUACCUGGAUCAACCUUGAUCAGAAUGGUCUAAGAUUGAUUCAACUAGUCGAUGAAGCGGAGAGUUAUCGAAAUUUGAUUGAUGAGUGGUCAACGAGUAUCACAUUAAUCAAAAAAGGGCAGACUAUUUUACACAAGCAAAGAUUUGAGCUUCCAGCUGACUGGAUUUAUGCUGAACAGCUUGAGAACAAAUUGUCAAAUGUGAGAAUUCUUCUUGCCGCCCGAGACGAGACCAUUCAAGCCAACAAGAGUACAUUUGUUUUACGCUUGAGAAGUGAGAUAUCGACUAAUUCUGAUUCACUAGCUACUUUGCGUCAGCAGUGGUCUUCGAAGAAGCCCAUUUCUGGAGACUUGGCCCCUUUAGAUGCAUUGAAUUUGUUAACUAAAUUUCAAAAACAAUGCAAUGAGUUUUCUAGGGUGUCAUCAGUUUUGGAGCGUGUUGCUGUCGUUCUUGAAGUGGAAUACGACGCAAUCGACAAUACUGAGGUGGAACGAGAAAUCAAGGACCUAGAGGUUGUAUGGUCAACUCUCCAAUCAUAUUGGAAAUCUCUCGAGGAUAUCAAAUUGCAGGAGUGGGAGGAAGUCCAUGGUAGAACUCUCAAGUCCCUGCUUGAAAGUAUAUUAACUCAGACGAAGUCUGCGCCUUUGCUAGUUCGUCAAUACUCCGCCUUUGACGACCUUCAAGAGCUAGUCAAGGGAUACCUAAAGAUAUUUCCAAUUCUUUCGGAAUUAAAGAAUUCAUCUGUCAAGCAGAGGCAUUGGGAUAACAUUUUCAAACUUACCGGUUAUACCCACAAAUCGAAAAAAUUAUUAGUUACAGAUGUUUUGGGAAUCAACUUUGAUUUGCAUGAAGUGAUUAUCAAAAACAUUAUCAACCAAGCAAAUGGUGAACAAAUUAUCGAAGAGGGUCUUCAAUCGAUUGAGCAAGAGUGGGCACUGAUUGUUUUCGAAACCUUCAGUUUUGAAGGCAAAUGCAGAUUAAUCAAGAAUUGGAAUUCUUUAUUUGAUCAAUGCCUGUCCAAUCUAAACACUUUGAGUAGUAUGAAGAACUCAACUUAUCACAGUCCAUUUGAAGCGGAGAGGAGCAGCCUUGAGCUCAAAUUGAAUAACCUCUACAAUCUUUUGAAUGUCUGGAUAGAAGUCCAAAGACAAUGGGUUUACCUUGACGGUGUAUUUGGAAAUGCAAAGGAAAUAAAGAUGUCAUUACCCGUGGAAGCAUCUCGUUUCAAUAACAUUUCUUUUGAGUACCUUGCCUUGCUAAAAAGAGCCAGUCAGUUCAACUUGGUUAUGGAGGUUCUCUCAAUACCUAAUAUUCAAAGCUCCAUGGAAAAGCUUUCAGAUGCUUUACUGAAAACUCGAAAGGGUUUGACAGAAUACCUUGAAAGGCAACGAGAUCUUUUUCCAAGGCUUUAUUUCAUGGGUAAUGACGAUUUAUUGGAGCUUAUUGGAAGUUCAAAUAUUAUUGAUGCGAAUAAGCAUUUGAAGCAAAUGUUUGCUGGCAUCGCUAGUAUCUGUUAUGACCUGAGUUCAUCAACUAUAACGGCAGUCAUCAGUCCUCAAGGUGAGGUCCUUGAUCUCGAUACUCCAGUUUCUUUAAUCAAAUUUCGGGAAUUGACCCAUUGGUUGAGCGAGCUUGAGAGCCAAGUCAAGUUGACUCUUGCAAGCCAGAUCAAGAAAGCUAUCGAAGCAAUCGGUCCUUGCAUCUCUGGCGGAGACAUCAAGCGGGAGGAGUUACUAGCAAGCAUAGAGCUGAUCGCAAACCAGGCUAUUGUGAUCGCAUCUCAAGUUCACUUCUCAAGAAAUGUCGAAGAUAGCCGAUUUCAUGACAACGAGCUUCAAGUUCAGUCCCGCUUUCUUCAAGAUUUCGUGCGUAUUUUAACUGAAUCUAUUUUUGAGAGGAGAGACACGCUUUCCAGACAUAAGGUACGAUCUUUGAUCAUAGAAAUAAUUCACCAACGAGACUAUGUGUCACUUCUUUUGGAUCUUCCAUUGCCCGAAAGAAGUGCAGCUUGGAGUGCUUUGCAAAGGUUUCACUAUGACGAAAGUGUCGAUAUGCCCUUCAAAAGGCUAUCAGUCGUGCAAGGGAACUUUGAAUUCGAGUACGGGUACGAGUACCAAGGAGUUGUUGAAAGAUUGGCAUCCACUCCGCUUGUUGACAAAUGCUUCUUGGCAAUGUCUCAGGCUUUGGCUCAGAAGCUAGGAGGUUCACCUUUUGGUCCAGCAGGAACUGGUAAGACUGAAUGUAUAAAGGCACUUGGAAGCAAUCUUGGACGGUUGGUUCUUGUUUUCAAUUGCGAUGAUACUUUCGACUACCAAUCCAUAGGGCGCAUUUUACUUGGUAUUUGCAAAGUUGGCUGUUGGGGUUGCUUUGACGAAUUCAACAGACUCGACACCAAAAUUUUGAGUGCCAUCUCGACCCAAAUUGAAAACAUUGAAACCGGACUUCAACAAAGCACCUUUGUCGAAGUGUCCGGCAAAAGUGUUGAUAUUCACCCCGACACAGGUCUAUUUGUGACAAUGAAUCCAGGGUAUGUUGGAAGAAAUGAACUUCCUGAGAACCUAAAGAAGCUUUUUAGAGCAUUUGCUAUGGAUCAGCCUGAUAAAGAAAUCAUUGCUGAUGUUAUUCUCGCUUCUCAAUGCUUCACUUACUCGCGAGAAAUUGCCAAUUUGUUGAUUCCCUUUUUCACCGAUCUCGACUCAACUAUUUCUCGUCAACCUCACUAUGACUUUGGUUUGAGAACCAUCAAGAGUAUUUUGACAAAAUGUGGCACUUCUCGUCAAGAGCAGAUAGCCAUUUCGAAUCCUAGGAUUGACCGUGAGUUCGAACUUGGGGUACUAGUAAAGAGUUUGAGGGAGUCUAUAGCUCCAAAGCUAGUCAAGGAAGACGUGAGUGUAUUUGAGGCUCUUUUAAACAAACAUUUUGCUGGUAUCAUCUACCACAAUGAGAUCCAGGGGGAGUUUAUCAAAGAGCUAGAAUUAUAUUGUUCCGAAAAUGCUCUUGACAUGACUGAGGCAUUCAUUGAUAAGGCUUGGCACAUUUUGCAAAUUCAAGAGAAUCACCACGGUUUUAUGUUAGUUGGGGAAGCUGGCUCUGGGAAAACUACCACAUAUAAAGCUGCUCUUAGCGCCCUUUCUAAAUUCGAGAAAAGGAGCCAUGAUGUGUUCGUCAUUGAUAGCAAGACAAUCUCUAAGGAGGAUCUCUUUGGCUCUCUUGAUUUUAUCACUCGAGAUUGGACCGAUGGUGUGUUUACUAAAAUUUUGAGAGCUGUCAUUGCUAAUUUGAAAGGUGAGCAAAAGAGACGAACAUGGAUAGUAUUCGAUGGAGACAUCGAUCCAGAAUGGGCCGAGAAUUUGAAUAGUGUUCUUGAUGACAACAAAAUCUUAACUUUACCUAAUGGAGAAAGAUUGGAACUCCCACCAAACGUCAGAGUCAUAUUUGAAGUUGACAGCUUGGAAUACUGUACUCUUGCCACAGUUAGUAGAUGUGGAAUGGUAUGGUUUGAUCGUUCAAUGAUUUCUAUUGAAAGCGUGUGGAAGCAGAAUCUCGACGUCCUUAAGAAGGCUCAAGUGACCUUGGUCGAAUCUAUGGAAGAUAUACUUCAAAGAGAAAGAACAAUUCGGCUUAUUGGAAAGAUUAUCAGCUUGACUUCUGAUGUCCUCAAAACAUUUCAGUUCGCUGAGAUAACUUCUCAUGUCAGUGGGUACAGUCACAUCAUGAAUUUUGACGAACUUCGUGCUGCCACUGCUUUUAUCACGCAUUUUGGAUCUCAGCUUGCAUCAUUAGUUCGCUUUAGACAGAACUCAGAUAACAACUUCUCGGACGACUUCGAGCAAUUCACGUCCAAAGCAAUACUUUUAGCUUUUGUUUGGGCUUUCGCCGGUACCUGUUCUGGAAAAGACAGAGAUGAUUUUGGAAAAUAUAUUAGUGCUUUUAGUGCAUUCAAGAACAUUGAUGUACCUCCCAACGUUCUUGAGCACCAUGUUUGUCUCGAGGACUUUUCCUGGGAAAGUUGGUCCGCCCUGGUCGAGACUGUUGAUCUUGAACCUCACCACGUCUUAGAUUCGAGAACGAUUGUUCCUACGGUUGAUACCGCGAUGCAUGAAUCAUUGAUUUCUGGGGUCAUCAACACUCACUCGCCGCUUAUACUUUGUGGACCACCUGGAUCGGGAAAAACAAUGACUUUAUUAAGAGCAUUGAGAGACUCGCCAGAUUUGGAUGUUAUCUCAAUGAACUUCUCCAAGGAUACGUCUCCUGAAGCUUUGUUGAACACUCUUGAGCAGUAUUGCGAAUACAAGAAGACAAGUAAUGGCGUUGUUUUGAUGCCUAGGACCACUGGAAAAUGGGUUGUUGUCUUUUGUGAUGAAAUCAACUUGCCAGAUCUUGACAAAUACGGUACUCAACGAGUGAUUUCCCUCUUGAGACAGAUGGUUGAGCAUGGCGGAUUUUGGCGUACUUCUGAUUAUUGUUGGGUAUCUCUUCAGAACAUACAGUUUGUUGGUGCUUGUAAUGAUCCUAAUGAUCCAGGAAGACAUGUUAUGUCCCCACGAUUUAUGAGACAUACGACAAUCGUGAUGGUUGAUUACCCAGGGAUGGCUUCUUUGAAGCUGAUCUAUACAACCUUCAACAGGGCGAGCCUCAAGUGUGCACCAAAUUUAAGGACAUUCGUUGAAGCUCUUACAAUGGCGAUGCUUGACAUUUUCCAAGAAAACAAGGAACGAUUUACUCCAAGAAUGAAAAGUCAUUAUAUUUACUCUCCCCGUGAACUAACUCGAUGGUGCAGAGGUAUCUUGGAAGCACUCAUGUCUGUCCAAUAUGGUGACAUUUCAAGUCUUGUCAGAUUGUGGUUCCAUGAAGGGUUAAGACUCUUCUAUGAUAGACUAGUAGAAGAUCAAGAGAAGAAAUGGUGCAAAGAUAUUUUCUGGAAAAUUGCUCAGAAAUCAUUCCCUCAUGUGAAUCUUGAUGUUUCUCUUAAAGAGCCUAUACUUUUCUCGACCUGGUUGACAUCUGAUUAUCGGUCUACAGAUGAGGAAGAAUUGCGACAAUUUGUUAAACAAAGAUUGAGAGUUUUCAGUGAAGAAGAGCUUGACGUUGAGUUGAUACUCUUUGAGGAUCUAUUGGAUCAUUCGCUUAGAAUUGAUAGAGUCCUUAGGCAACGCCAAGGACACAUGAUUCUAGUUGGCCCAAGCACAAGUGGCAAAACCACCUUGACAAAGUUUGUUGCAUGGAUGAAUGGACUUCACGUUGUUCAACUUCGUGUUCAUACUGGAUUCACGAUUUCUCAAUUUGAAUCUGUUUUGAGAAGUAUUUUGAUGAAGUGCGCCAAGGGUGAAAAGGUCUGUUUCCUCAUUGACGAAUCCAGUAUUCUUGAUACUUCAUUCAUUGAGAGAAUGAACUCACUUUUGGCUAAUUCAGAAGUCCCUGGUUUAUUCGAAGGUGAAGAUUUAGCUGCGGUCUAUAAAUUGUGCGCUUCAGAAUCUUCUGCUCAAGGAUUAAUUCUCGAUAGUGACGAUGAACUAUACGAGUGGUUUACUCAACAAAUUUCUGAAAAUCUUCAUGUUGUUUUCACUGUCAGUGAUAUUAACAAAGAUAAAAUGCCUCAGGUGAGUUCCUCUCCGGCAUUAUUCAAUAGAUGUGUCAUGAGUUGGAUGGGUGAUUGGUCAGAGUCUGCAUUGACUGAGGUGGCAUCCUCAAUCAUAGGCGGUAUUCCACUUGAUUCAUCAGAUUAUCAAGUUCCAGCUCAAGUUGAAAGUACAAGACCCAUGCCAAUCACGAACUUAAGAGCAGCUGUGGUUGAUGUACUACUUUUUGUUCACAGAUCUAAUUUCAGCAUCAAUAAUCAGGUUGGCACACACAAAUUCGUUGAAUUCGCAGAAAUGUUCUUGAAAUUAUUCACUAAAGGAGAAUCGGAAUUGGAAGAAAAUCAACGACAUACUAAUGUUGGUCUAGACAAGCUUAAGGAAACUGUGCUUGAAGUUCGCCAGAUGAGAGAAGUUCUUUCAGAAAAGAAGAAGGUUCUUGAGCUUAAGGAUGCAGAUGCUCGCGAGAUGCUCAACAAGAUGAUAUACGAGCAGAAUGAAGCAGAAAGAAAGAGAGAGUUCUCUGUGGAAGCUAAGAUUGAACUUGAGAAACAAGAAGUCGAAAUCAACAAGCGAAGGGACAUCGUCAUGCAAGACCUCGAACUUGCAGAACCUGCGGUGUUGGAGGCCCAAAGAGGUGUUCAGAACAUCAAAAAGCAGCAUUUGACAGAGAUGAGAAGUAUGUCAAAUCCACCAUCUGCUGUCAAAAUGGCUAUGGAAUCCGUUUGUAUUCUCUUGGGCUACCAAGUGAAUUCAUGGAGGGAUGUGCAGCUUAUUGUUAGGAAAGACGACUUCAUUGCAAGUAUUGUCUCCUAUGAUAAUGACUCACAACUCACUCCAGAAAUGAGAAAAUACAUGGAAAAUGUGUAUCUUUCGAGAGCUGAUUACAAUUACGAGACCAUUAACAGAGCAAGUAAGGCUUGUGGUCCACUCUUGCAGUGGGUAAUUGCUCAGCUAAAAUACUCUUCUAUAUUGGAGCGUGUGGGGCCAUUGAGGGAAGAGGUCCUUGCGCUUGAGGAGUCCGCUACAAAGUCAAAAGUCCACUUAAUUGCCAUUGAUGAAAUGAUCAAUGAGCUCGAGGAUAGUAUCGAAAAGUACAAAAGCGACUACAGUGAGCUUAUUCGUGAAGCAGAGAAAGUGAAGGUUGACAUUGCCUCUAUUGAACAAAAAGUAAACAGAAGUUUAAAAUUAAUCGAGAACUUGACCAACGAGAGAGAAAGAUGGCAGAAAAGCAUAAAGAAUUUUACCAAUAUAAGAGAAAAAUUGGUGGGAAAUUCUUUGCUUGCUGCUGCAUUUGCCAUUUAUUGUGGACCACUUGAUCAGACUCUAAGAAAGAAUCUCAUAGGAAAGUGGAAACUAAAGUUGGCCGAAUAUAACAUUGCAUGGGAAGAGUCAUUAAUCAUAACUUCAGUUUUAUCAACUACAACAAACAUCUCUUCAUGGGAAGACAAUGGAUUGCCCAGAGAUGAGUUGUUCAGAGAGAACUUCGCAAUCAAUCAGUGGACGGAAUGCGCUUACAUCAUUGAUCCAACGGGAGAGUUAUUGAACGUUUUACAGAAGUCAACUUUACCUAAGAAAUUAAUCAUCACCAGUUUCCUCGAUGACUCGUUCAUUCGAGUAUUUGAAGAUGCAAUGAGAUUUGGAGGUCAUAUUUUGAUUCAGAACGCAGAAUCUUAUAAUCCAAUUAUUGAUAGUGUUUUGAGGAAAGACAUCGUUCAAAAUGGAGGAAGGAAGACAAUUCAAUUUGGAAACAAGUCAUUGGAUAUUCUGAGCGAUUUCAGAAUGUACUUGUAUACGAAGGUUUCACUGAUCACUGUUUCGUCAUUUAUUGCUUCCAGAACUACUAUUUUGAAUUUUUCGAUCACAGGUGGAAACCUCGAGAAUCAGAUUUUGAAUAUUUCUCUUGAGCAUGCGAGACCAGAGGUUUACACCAAGAGAAACGGAUGUAUUGCAUUACAGAGUGAAUAUCAGAUCCGCCUGCUUGGUCUUAGGAAACAAUUGUUGGCGAUUCUUAAUGAGGUAUCGGGGACCAUUCUUGACAAUGAUGAAGUAAUUGAAUCAUUAGAAGUGUUGGAAUCUGAAUCAGCAGAUAUUGAUAAGAAGAUGGAAGAGGCUGAGACUGUAAUGACUGCUGUGGAGAACAUCAGAUUCCAGCAUGCUGAUAUUGCCCAACAUUCUAGGCAUAUCUUUGAAAAUCUCAUUGCAAUCUCCAAGUUAAGUGUGUUCUACAACUUUUCGUUAGCAAGCUUCAUUGACAUCUUCAAAAAGGUACUCAAUUCGAGUGACGCAUCAUUGGAGAACGGUUCCUUCAUCACAAAAAUGUACCAAGAAGCAUAUGCUUACUUUUCGCCUACCUUGCGACUGUUAGAUAAGAUUGCGUUUGCCAUAACAAUGUCCUUUUCUUACUAUAGGGUUGAGAUUGGUUCUCAAGCGGAGAAAAGUUUGAAGACUAUCAUUUCAGACCUUGUGAAUAACGAAGGAUCCAGCAAUGUGAAGUCAAUUCUCGCAUCUUGUUACGCUAAGGACAUGGAAAUGAAUCCAUUGAGCGAUUGGGGGAAGAUAAAAGAAAGUAAUGAACGGAACGACAUCUUCAAGAUCAUCUCUCCAUUCAUCGAAUACUUGCUCGGAAUCGACAAAUCAGUGUCGCUCAUGGACGUGUUUGAUUCGUUUAUGGAGGGAGUCGUUGGAGCUGGAAUUCAUUCCGAGUCAGAUUACAACAUUCAAAAGUGGGUAUCUUUCGAAAAGCUUCCUAUUUUGAUAUCUACGUCAAAAGGAUUCGAUGUCUCUUACAGAGUUCACCAGGUUGCAAAAACUCUGCAAAGACAACUCAAGGUCAUCUCCAUGGGAUCGAAAGAAGGUAUUGACCGUGCAAGCAAAGAAAUUGAGGAAGCGAUGGUUCGUGGGCAUUGGGUUCUUGUCCAGAAUAUACAAUUAGCUACACGCUGGCUUCCGCAUUUGGAGAGGAAGUUGGAAAGCAUCGAUUCGAAGAAUAAUUUUAGGCUUUUCUUGACGUGCAAUUUGAAUUCAUACGAGAUCCCUGCUGGGCUCAUAGCUACGUCUCAAGUCUUGACCUACGAGACUCAACCAAACUUCAAGUUCGUGCUUCAAGAAACCUUCGAUUCUAUCCGCAACAAAAGGUUUGAAGGAAUUGCAGCCUAUAAGCAUGUUUGCUUUCUUCUCUCUUGGUAUCACGCUGUGAUUCAAGAGAGAUUAAAGUACGUGCCUGCUUCAUUCACCAGAAAGCAUGAUUUUACUGAUGCAGAUGCCAUAGCAGCUGCAUUUGCUAUAGAUAAGGCGUUCGAGAAGCUUAAUAGAGGGGUUGUGGAUCCUGAGCUUGUUCCAUGGCAUGAAAUCCGCACGUUGGUUGGCUCCAUUAUCUAUGGAGGUAAGCUAGCAGAUAAAUUGGAUGCACAAUACUGCGCUGAUCUUGCUUGUUUCAUUUUUACGGAUAAGACAUAUGACGAGAACUACAAUCUCAUUGCUAAUGAAAGGACUACUGCAGCGGGGUUAUCGUUGCUGGUUCCAAGUGGAAACAGCCUUGAAAAUUAUGAGAAGUGGAUUGAGGAACUUCCAGAAACUGUUCCCUUGAGUUGGAUUGGCUUGAGUGAAGACGUGAAUUUUGACGUGAAACAAGAACUCGCCAGAGCUGUUACACUCAAAAUCCAGCAACUAGUUUGA